CCCUAUUACUCAACUCACACACACGUAACCCCCAGCUGUUUACCCCUUAGUGAGCCACGCUCUCUUUCGACAUGCCACUCACUCACCACGCUAUUCCCCUUUCCCUCUUACCCACACCCACACAACACACACAGGUUGAAGGAGGAAGGAGGGUGAAGCUACUGCUGUGCCGUCGCGUCCAGCUCGCCAUCGCCCGUCGCCGCACCGCAUCACCGUCGAGAGUAGAAACGCGAGAGAGGAACGCGAGCCCAUGGCCGAGGAGGGAAGCCCACUGCUGCGACGCCGGAGAUGCGGGUCAGGGCCGAGAAGGGGAAGGACGCCGCUGAGGCAAGGAGCUCGACGCCAUCGCCAAGGCUCUCUCAUCGCCUCCAUGCCGUGACCCCGUCGCCACUACCGAAGGCUCUAGUGCUAGCCACCAUUGUCUGUUGCAUGUGCGAAAGGAGAGAUGGGACUUGAGUACAAGGAAAGGAGUCGUGUGAGGCUGGUGCCGAGAGACAGAGGGCUGUUCAACCGCCACCGCUGCUGCAUCGUCAACGUUGCGGUUUCAGUAAAAAAAGGGGAUGCCGUCGAAGUACCUCUGAUAUGGUCUAGGUCCCUUCCUCUAAUUUGCUCUGUUUCCAUUCUUGCUCUGCUGCUAUUUUAUUUGUUACCCUAUUCUCGUUUUAUUUCGUUUCAGCCCAUAUAACUAUGAUUUUUGAUAAUGUUACUGCUGUUGCUACUGCUGGUUCUAAGCAGCUGCUGCUGUGAAUUUAGAGUAAGAGGGUUUAUCGCGUUUAAAUUCUGCGGUGUCGACUAACUGAGCUAAAGCUGAAAGCAAUCACACACCUCAAUCACCGUCUGAUGUCAUUGGGGAAAACCUUGGCAGCGCUCAACAAAAAUCAAAUGUAACAAAAGCACAAGUGAAGAACACUCUGAUAGAGGCCAUUGAAAUUUUGUCUAGUCUCAAUGAGGGCAUCAAGAUGGUAGAAAAUAAUGUGGAAUUAAAAUCUAAAGAAGUGGAUGUGCCAGUUGGAACCAUCUUUAAUAAGGAGAAUAAAAGUGAAAAAUAUGAUGCGCUCAACUCACAAAUCAUAAAGAUGCUAGAAGUUGUCACUAACUUGCAAAACAUGGCCUCUGUCAAUCAAUCUAUGAUGCCAAUGAUGCCUUACUUUCACCCCAUGCCGUCACAAUUUUAUAAUCAUUUGGGAGGAUUUAACCUAAGCUCACCUCUUUAUCCAUCGCUUUCAAUGCCAAUGACCAUGUCUCCAUAUGCAAGUCCCUUUGAAAACCUUUCUUCUGAGCAAGCCGUGACAGACACGAUAAUGAAAAAGUUGGCCACUCUCCCGGUUAAAAAACCUUCUUUUGACAGAAAAAAAUCUAUUCUCGGUGUGAAGAAGACUAAUCCUAAAAUUUCUGGAGCCCAGUCAUCCAAAAAAACACAUGAUAAACAAUUUUGUGUAGCAGAUACUCCAUCAACUGAUAUUGUCAAAUCAUUGCUGAGUAAUGCAUCUCCUACUGGUUAUCAUAUAAAUCAGAGGAUUCCAGGGUAUACUGAGAAAUCUUGGGGUUGAAGCUCCAUUUUGGCUACCAGUAUUGUUUGCACCGCCAACUACCAUGGAAUUAGAUGACACUGAAAUCAUAGUUGCAACCUACAUAUUUGGAACAAAUAAAGAUAAUGAGUUUGGGAGGCAAGAGAUAUUAGCAAAAGGAUACAAAUUUGAUGCAACCAGGGAUUCUUUUUUUAACUUAAUUCCAAAGGGUUGGAUUGACCAAACUAUACUCGACGUAUAUGCUCAUAUGCUAAAUGAUGAGGAGAAGACUACUUCCAAAGUUUUAAGACAUUGGUAUAUGUCCACAGUCUUUUUGCAAAUGGCAUUGUCGGGAACUAUCCCGAGUAGUCAAGUUCAAGAGGAUUAUAAAGAGGCAUUUAUGGGCAAAGUGGAAGUCCUUAGAAAGGCUUUGUACCUUAAAGGGAUGCUUCAACAUGACUCUUUCUAUGAUUUUGAGAGUACGAUUAGGUCUAAGGUGUCUGGGUUUCCCAUUUUGGAAGCUCUCGGAAUAAGAAGACAAAGAAAUGACUCCUUUGAUUGCGGUAUUUGGGUAGCAACUUGGAUGAAGAACUGCAUUUGGAUUGAUGAUUACAACAUUUAUGUUGAUGAUGCAACUAGGAUGCGCAUUGCUAUAGAUUUGAUCAUGAAGCCAUACAAUCUGAAAAAAAAACACCAUUAUCAAGGUUGCUAAGAAGAACUACAAAAAAUUUGAGGAAAAGAACAAUAAUUUAGUUAAAAAAUAAG